UUGUGGUCAUCAGUUGAAGAUGUCUGGUCGUGGCAAGCAGGGCGGCAAAGCUCGCGCAAAAGCGAAAUCCCGCUCGUCCCGCGCCGGCCUGCAGUUCCCGGUGGGCCGUGUGCACCGUCUUCUCCGUAAGGGCAAUUACUCGGAGCGGGUGGGCGCCGGCGCCCCGGUGUACCUGGCGGCCGUGCUGGAGUACCUGACGGCCGAGAUCCUGGAGCUGGCUGGCAACGCGGCCCGCGACAACAAGAAGACACGAAUUAUCCCGCGCCACCUGCAGUUGGCCAUCCGCAACGACGAGGAGCUCAACAAGCUGCUGGGCCGCGUGACCAUCGCGCAGGGCGGCGUCCUGCCCAACAUCCAGGCGGUGCUGCUGCCCAAGAAGACCGAAAGCCACCAUAAGGCCAAGGGCAAGUGAGGCCCUCCUGGUCGUUAGUGCUACUUAACGGACACCAAAGGCUCUUUUCAGAGCCACCCACAACCUCAAAGAAAGAGCUGUACACUGAACCUGUCGCCAGGUACUGGCCAGGGCUGGGAAUCCCGAUUCCUUCCAUGGGUUCGAACAUCUGCGCUCUGCGCCUGGGGCGUUCACGGCUGAGGCCAACGGCUUCCAUCUGCAGUUGGCCUGAGCUUGGUUUGCAGGCACUGGCGGUUUGUCCCCACCACUGUCCCUUGAUAGGCACUUGGUUUCCGUUAAGGUUCGUGUUUGGACCUUAAGGGAAUGCUUGGUUCUGUAGGACUUGGCAUAAGGCUCUCUCAUAGGCAAGUGCUGGUGUUUUCUAUUGAAACGCUUACAGUUACACCGAGACAUUCGAGUUAGGAUCUAAUCAGGUUUAGAUUUCCAAAAGUGUGUUUGGAAUUGGCUAAACAAUCGGAUGCACUUAAGUAGCUUAAUCUUAAGGAACAAAAUAAUUUGUCUGUUUUGGUAAAGCUAGGUUUGAGCAAUGUUUUCUAAUAAAUUUAAAGGAAAGCAUUAUUAGCGUCAUAUAAAGUAAAAUGAGUUUUUAAAGACAACUAUGACUUCCACAGGCAGUAUAAAGAAUGGCUGGAGAGUUCCAGAUCAAAUAAACGGGAACAGGCACGUUAAUCACUACCAGUGGGAAAGGGAGAGUUGAGGGGGAUUAAAUGAGUUAUAAUACUUUCAAACGCCAGAGUCAAAAGUGUGUCCCCUUUCCUGUUAACUAUGCUAUUCUCUUUUUAAAUUUUAACAAUACAGGACAGCAAGACAAUUAUGUAAUUAUUAUAUAAAUUAUAUAUAUACCCUAUCAAAACUGGGUCUAUUCAAGCCUGGGCUCCUCAGACACCGUCUGUAAUUACAAAUCUAUUUAUAAAAUAUCAACGUCUUAAAAAGUUAUUUGCCAAAGAAUAAGCAGUUUCCUUAACUGUGAGUCUUGACCACGCAAUAGACACAAAAACUGCAUAUAGAUUAUACAGUCUGCUAAUGAGUGUCCUCAGUAAAACAAAGUCCAAAGGUUGGACCUCAAGAUCUCCCCCGUUUAGCUUUACUUUGUUUGUAUUCAUAGAUCAUUGUAGUUCCUUAAUCUCUUGAGUGGCAGUUGAGCUCUUUAGGAGUUGGGUGGAACUAUCUAAUGGUGUUAUGGAGGCACUGUGGAAGGAGGUGUAACGGGAUAGCUUCUCAUCUACCUCCAGGGCUCCUGUCAAAUGGACAACCACCAACCAAAAGGAAUAUUUAAUUUUCCAUUAGGUAAAACGUAAUACAAAGAUGUAGCUUGUCUACUACCUCUCAGGGUUAUGUGACCAGUGAAUAACUAGAGAGCACAGAUUCUGAAUGUGUCUACAAUAUUACAGAAAGUUGCACUGAAACAGUUCUGACCUAAGAUCUGGUCAUCUGGAUUACCAUUUCCAGAAAUGUGAAGUACCUACCAGUAGCAGCUACCUUGAGAGAAUGUUCACUGGAUUAAGCACCACAUAGCCCAUGCCCAGGUAUAUGCCCAAUAAAAUGAAAAUAUACAUCUAACAGAAGCUACACAGAUGCAGUAACAGUAUCAUUUAUACAAUCUAAAAGAGGGAACCCAAAUAUUCAUCAGCUGAUGAACAGAUUCACAAAACUGGCUUGUCCUCAUAAUGGACGAUUAGUCAAUGAAAGAGAAUGAAGCGCUGAUUCAUGCACAACAUGAAUGAAUCUCGAUGUCCAGAACGGACACGAUCAAACAAUAGCGGCAGGAGCUGAAAGGGGAGAGAAAAACAGUCCAGAACUUCCUUGUGUGGUCAUGGAAGAAGAUACAGGUGAUGCUCACAACAUACGAAAUGUGCUAAAUGUCCCAAAACUGCUCACGCAGAAAUGGUUCAUCAUAUCUUGUAAAUCUCACCUAAGUUUUAAGAAACUUGGAGUGUGUACCAAAUUAGAGGGCAGAGGGGGGCUGGAGAGAUGGCAUAGCGAGUGAAAAGUUUGCGCUGUGAGCAUGAAGACCUGGAUUUGAUUCCCAGAACCCAUGCAAUGCAGGGCCCGGUUAACGCUUGACUAAUUCCAGUGCCUCUAAAGAGACAGGAGAGGCCCUGGAAGCUCCCAGGCCAGCUAGCCUGGUGUACACAACAGCUAACAAAGCGACCCUGCCUCCAGGGGGAACUAGAGAACAAUACCUGAGAUGGUCCUCAGACCUCCCCACAUGAGGCACGUGUUUGCCUGCACUCAUACACACACACACACAUACAUUCAUACAUGCACAUGUGUGCGCACACACACAGAUGGGAGAAGGGGACAGAAAGAAGACUGAUGUGUUCCAGUGCUUGCUUUCUAGAAUAACACUGGCCCACCUCAGGUAAAAGGAGGUUGAACUCAGGUACCACAGCUGUUGUCAUCAGAGACCACGGGGAAAGGCAGUUAUGGGCUCAGUCCUGAUACUGCAGCAGCUCUGAGCAAGCCUUGGCAGUUCACCUUGUCAGGUUCUGCCCACAGGCAUGUUGUGUGGGAGCAUGGAGGUCUUUUCCUGGACCACUGUAUCUCUAAACACAUGCCUGUAUUAGAAUUCUUUCAGCCACUCUCCAUGUGUCCCUAUGCACUGCUGUUUACUGAAGACAAGAAAAAGAGAUCCAGGGUUCCAGAAGAAUGCAGCUUGAGCCAACCUCGGAAAAUCUCUCCGGUGUUUGCUGUGUGCGGGAGCUCCCCACCUAGCCCUGUAGCAUCCUCUGUUCCUCUUCCAGGUGUAGGUCUUUCCUCCAGCCCCUGUCCCACAUUUAGUCGCUACUCCGUGGGACCAUUUCUUGCAGGUUCAUCCAUAUGUCCAAUAAUCUUCUACAUCAAAAAAUUAAAAAUAGACCUAGUAUAUGGUACAUCUCUCCAACUCCUGGGCGUCUGUCCAAAGGAAAUGAAAUCAGUAUGUGGAAGAGACUUAUGUACUGAAAUGCUCACUGUGGCACUGUCAACAGCUAAGACAUGGAAUUAACCUAAAUGUCUACGAAGGAGCAAAUGUAUCUUUAAAAUGUGGUAUACACACAGAUUAAAUACUACAUAAGCUUAA